UCUUCUUGGGAAGCGGAGCUCGGGUUUCUUUUUUCACAACCUAGGGCCGGGGAACCAGGUGAUUUUUAAGUCAGUGGGGUGCUUUAGACUUUAUGGAGCACUUAGAGUGAGGGGUCCAGCGACCUCAGUAUUGGUUCUGGUCAUAGGUCGGAGAAAGACUGGACCUUGCAGAGACAGGAUUUCCAUGCCCAGCUUAAAGCAAUUGGUAGAACAAAUCUCUCCUUUCAACCCUUGUUGUAUCUCCCUGAGGUCCCCGGCUGGUAGCUCUGCAGCCGCUGGGGACCUUUCGGUGGCCUAGGGAGGAGCUCGCAGUUGCAGAUCCGAUCCUUGGGCGUGAAUGAAGCCAUGGGGUGCAGGAGAGGAGGUGAGGCCUAGUCCCACCCACCCUUCCUGUCCAGGAGCAGGGGGAAGGAUCCUCCACCCCGAGGUAACAGACCCUGUGCACCCUUCGCUUUCCUGCAGAGCAUGAGGCUGUCCAGAAGAGUAGGGGACGCGGCGGAGCUGCGCAAGAACCUAAAGCCGCUGCUGGAGAAGCGCCGGCGCGCGCGGAUCAACGAGAGCCUAAGCCAGCUGAAGGGUCUCGUAUUGCCGCUGCUGGGCGCGGAGACUUCCCGCUCUUCGAAGUUGGAGAAGGCAGACAUCCUGGAGAUGACCGUGCGCUUCCUACAGGAGCAGCCUGCGACCCUGUACACCACUGCAGCUCCUGGGCCUUUGGAUAGCUACCUCGAGGGUUACCGAGCCUGUCUGGCCCGCCUGGCCCGAGUACUGCCCGCCUACAGCGUUCUGGAGCCCGCAGUGAGCGCGGGCCUGCUAGAGCACCUGCGACAGAGGACUGUCAGUGGUGACCCACCCUCACUGACGCCACCACCCGCUCCAGCUCCAGCUCCUUCUCCGCCGGUGCCUCCUCCGGGCAGUCCUGGCCUUUGGAGGCCAUGGUAGGCUCCUGGAUGUUCCACAGGAACCUGCUGCUGGCUGUCAGGGACCUGGAUGGGCUAGCCGACCAAGGAAGUUCUCCAUGGUGACUGCAUCUUCUCACCCACUUUGAGAACAGUCUAGCUCCAACUGCCCUGUCAAGAAUCAGAUGCUGUGGCCUGGCUGGGUGAUGAAACCUUCAAGGAAGGGCUCAGCCAGAGGGGGAAAUGGGGCUGAAGGAGAAAGAGCAAAUAGGUGCAGGGUGAGGAGGAAGCAGCCCAGUCUGGAAGAAGUAGUUCUGCCACUGGGCCAGCCAGAGCUGACUCGGCAGGGACACACCUAAGGUGGGCAGCAGACCAAAGUCUGGUCUCGAGUUCACCUGAGCCGGAUGCCACACCUGCUAGGAUGUGCGUUUCCAGCCACACCACACCUGGUUAUACUUCCAGCUCAGCUGGGCUUGUGAACCUCUUCACGAACAGAGCGAACAGAGCCGUGUCUUGGGGACUUUGACCACUCCUCCGCAGAGCACUGAGCAGAGGGCGGCCACUCCUCCUCCUGUCUCAGGCUUCCCUUCCCAGUGAUCUGUAGAGGGGGUGUGGACUUUCCCUUUGAAUUCUCCCCCACAGCAGGUUUGGUGGUCUUGGGAUGUGAGGGAAGGGUGAGACAAGAGGGAGGCUUCCCUGUGGCUGUAAGGAACCUUGUGGCUUUGGAGGAGCAGAGCACAGGCGGCCCUGGAAUGGCAGGGACUCUGCAGAAGCAGAGGAAGGACCACCAUCAGGCUUGCCUGCUUUCUCUGGUAAACCACUCCCUGAAUCCAGGCAGCUGGCCUAUCAGAAACUUGCUCAGAGGUUGUUUCUACCAUCUGGAAGCCUGGAAGCCCAUCAAGACUCAGAUCCCAGGAGUCAGUGGAUCUGUGAACCACGGCUCACUCCAAGUCCAUGGGGAUUUGCAGCGCCUAGCCACAAAGCUGCUUCUCCCCCAGUCCGUGCUGGGGACCAGGACACGAAAGUCAGGAAGACAGACUGACCAGGGAAGGGACAGUCACUAUCCGCUUUGCUACGCACGUGUAUGAUGGGUCUGGGCACUGAUUUAGGUAGUAGGAGGUGAGGAAAUUGGAGGCGUUCAUAAGAAGGAAGACAAUAAAGAUGAAGAGGGAAGGGGGCUCCCAGCAGUGUUGUGCUGGACCCAGCUGCCUAGAGUGUAAACUGGGUAUAGUGCUCCUUUGUGUACCUCUGCGGUACUGGAUACACAGUGGCUGUGCAACAAACAGGAUGGAUUAAAAGAGUCAUGUGACUGGCUCACAGUGUAUGGAACCUUGGACAGCCUGGACUUCGCUUAGAUCACCACACCUCUCCAAAUUCUGAGAGCAGCGGGUUUUCAACCUUCCUAACGGGCGACUCUUACUCACUCUGUAGACCAGGCUGGCCUCGAACCCAGAAA